CUCAAAAAGUGGAAGGUCCAGCUACACUGCUAGAAUACCUUGGCUUCAUCCUGGACACUGAGAAAAGUUGCAGGAUAACACAGUUCACAGAAUCAUUACAUUCAUCAAGGACGUUUGCAGUGCCCACAGCUGCACAAAACAAAUUCUACUGUCCCUGCUGGGACAUCUGAACUUUGCUGCUCGCGCUAUUCGAUUAAUGAGUUGUUUCAUAUCGAAUCUGUUUGUCUAUAACAGUACAAAGUCUGUUCGACAAGGUAUCACAGACAGCCGAAUGUCGGAAAGAAUGUGAAAUGUGUCUGUUGUUCCUCCAAAACUGGAACGGAGUAUCCUAAUUUAUGGACCUGCAUACACUCGUAGCUUCGGACAUCCAGAGACCUGUAUCCCAUACUUGUAGCAAGUAUUUGUGGGCAUCGCUUUUGAAACGGAAAAGAAUCGUAUUUCACUGUGACAAUCAAACUACAGUGAACAUCAUAACCACUGGAAGAUCUGAGAUUAUGCCAGGCGACUAACUGUUAUGGCCAUGACUCUUACAUUUAUACCUAAAUGUCAUUGCUGAUAGUCUAUCACGUUCAAAGUUCCAGGAGUUUCGUCGACUGGCUCCAGAAUCGCAAAAGGACCCAUGAUAGUGUGGCUGCAAUACAGAGUUGCAGGUGGUAUGCAAACCAUCAAUUUCCACGUUGCUCAAUACGAAGUUUGAACAUGUUUACCACACAUCCUGCUAUGUUCGUUAAUAAAUCAUCGCGAUAGUUCGUGAGUCUAUUCCAAGUGGUGAGGACUAUAGACCCUCCCGCUGAUCAAUACUGGCAUACAGCUGGUGUUCUCAGAUGACAUUACACCCAGCGAACGCCAUGAUACGGCAAUUAAAGUGUGUUUUGGUUGCUCUUGUGUGUGGGGUUCUGACAUGUUCAUAUUUAUUCUGGAGAGAAGACGAACCUUCACUACAAAUGUCUCUGUCGGUAACACCUGGUUGUAACGUUGAGAAGCUGAAGAGUCUCGAUUCACCUCUAUACCAAAGUCAGGCGAUGAAGAGUCAACUUGAAUGCAGAUUUGCCAAGAGACGGGAAUUACUAAAGAAGUCUUGUACGAAAUACCAUCGGUAUUUUCUUGGACCCAGAUUUCGCAUACCUCCACAUGGUUCAAAGACCAACGUCCGUAAAAGAGUUUCAUUAUGCAGGAUAGCGAAAGUCGGAAGCAUGUUUUGGAUGCGAGUGCUUGCCAAAUAUAAUAUAUUUCAUCGUUCUAUUUUGAACACCACUGGGUUUGUGUCUUCGUCUGACUUACCACAGAGACUGUAUAUGUCUACCAAGAAAUAUGCAUUUGUUAGAAACCCAUACACAAGGUUAUUGUCUGGGUAUGUGGAUAAAAUAUUUUCUGUUAAUCCGACCUUUUGGAAAAAUUCGGGAUAUAAUGCUUUAAAGCUAAUUCGCUACAAGAACAGAACUGUAACAAGACCAGAACAAGAACUGAAUGCAACUUGUGGUACCGACAUUACAUUUGCAGAAUAUGUGGACUUUAUUCUUUAUCAACUCGAGGGAAAUAUACCAAUUGAUAACCAUUUCGUUCCCAUACAUCGACAAUGUGCAUUCUGUGGGACUGAAUAUGAUUACAUUGGUAAAAUGGAAACGUUCCUUCAAGACAUGGUUUAUGUAGCUGGCGCUUUAGGCGUGAUGGAACACAAUUCCACAAGAGAGGUUGUAUUAAAGGAGGGCAUUCACGGUGUGGACAUAAUGUUCUACAGAAAUGCACGCAAUUUAUUCAAUGGCAGGCGGAAAGAUAUGGAAGCGUGUGGAGUGACCCUAUCUCAAGGUGUUCGUGCCACGUGGAAGAGAUGGCAAAUUCGUGGAAUGAUUUCAAUGGAGAUUCCAUUUCCAGUUGAGGCUAAUGGUAUUGGCAUAACACACACACAAUUCUACAAAUUGGGCCAAGAAGCUCAUGCUAGAUCUGAUCCUAAUAUAUUAGUACAAGGGAAACAUUUGGCACUUAGAGAGGCCUACGGGACCCUUACUUAUGUAGCUAAGGCCAAGUUGAGGACAAUGUUUCACCCUGAAUUUGAACUGUUUGAUUAUGAAUCCACACCAGAAUUUGUCUUUGGCAAGUAUGAAAAGACAAAGUUUAGUUUCUUUGAUCAUAAGUUUGACUGAUAAAAUUACAAAAAUGAGUACAAUGUGACAUAAAUACAAAUUUCUUUAACAAGUAUUAUUGGCAAUAAUCGAGUAAGAGUAUGCAUACAUUUUAAGGCAUAGUAAAAAUUGGUGAUUUGUAUACACAAAGU